CCUUAUCGAUCUGUCUAUAGCUUUUUCUUCUUGCCAAAUCUGUAUGCUCUAUCCAGAUCAUAAUGUGACGGUGGCUUUCUCCUCUAUCCAGAUCGAAAUAAGAUUCAUAAUCCUUAAUUAUCUGGAUGAUAUCAUAUAGGUUUAAUUUUUGUUUUCGUCUACUCUUUAGCAGACGAGUCGGAAGAAAGGGUUUGGGCUCUAUCGCCGCCAGUCCUGCAACCACGCGAAAGACGAGUCGGGCAUCGCGCAUGCGUUUGGGAAGGUUGCAUUUAGGACUAAGGUCUUCCAAUCGAAUAUCAAUAGCAAUGGAAGCAUUUGUCUUGAUAUCCUCAAAGAGCAAUGGAGUCCAACCCUUACUAUCUCUAAGAGGAGGAGGUUGGGAGGUGAAUGAUGAGGGAGAGAAAUCAAGAGGUUGCGGCAGAGGAAGGGGCCGUCGUGGUCGAAGCGGUGGCUCUGGCAAAGAUAGAGUUGAUGCACUCGGUAUAUUAUCGCUGUCAGAAGGGAUAAUAAGAGUGUUUCAGCCUCUUGGAAGAAAAUGGGGAACUUUUGAUAUGUGCAAACCAAGGCCACUCAACAACGAACACAUGCUCCACUUAUUUUGGCAAGGACAAAUCAUUGGAGUUCAUGCAGCUAUGGAUCUAUUCAAGUGCUUUCUCUCUCCUCCAAUUUUUCCGGCGAUUCGUAACUCACCGAGCCAGAGACGAUGAAAGAAGACAAAGAUCAACAGACGGAUAUCACCAACGAUAGUGCAAAGUGGAAGCUGGAAGACCCCGCCAUCAGUGUUCUACUCGUGAAAUAGAAAGCUCAAAGCUCCCUCUCGUCCAAUUCAAAGGCGAGUAGGCGGCCGCCUAGGCCUUUUUUUAGA